CAAAUAAAAACUCCCACCCACCCACUCUCUCUCUCUCUCUCUCUCUCUAUCUCGCUAAAAACCCAAACAAAGAAGUAGAAGACAAAGCUCCCCCUUUUGGCCAGUGCAGAAGAAGCCUUUGGGUUCCCCAGAAGAAGAAGAAGAAGAUCCAUCCCUUUCAAUCUUACACCCAGAAAACCAAAGAUCCUAUUCCCUCUGAAAUGCCAUAAAAAUCCCUCAAAUUUCUCCGCAUACCCACUUCUUAUAUAUACACAUUUCAACUGAGAAUUCGAUUUGUUGGGUUUCCAGAGUAAAUGUUUUAGAUGAGGUGCAAGAAGCACCUCGCCGACCUCACCAGCACCGUCGGCGUCUGCGCCUCCUGUCUCCGGGAGCGCCUCGCCGCCCUCAUCGAGGCCCAAAUCCAGGCCCAGGCCCAGGCCCAGCUCUCCAGACUCCACUCCCGGACCACCGCCGCGGCGCCGCUUGAUGAACCCAACCGCAAGUCCGACCCCAACCCUCCGCCACUUAGCUUCCCCCGUUCCGUGUCCCCCUACGUCUCUCGAAGAAAAUCGGACGAUUCCACGUGGCACCACUACCACCACCACCGUCCAGAUCACAGUCAGCAACACCACCACCACCACCACCACCAUCAACAACAGCACCGGAUUCGAUUCUACAGUACUCCUCAGGUGGGCCCUACAUAUACCAACGCCAACUCCACCAUUGAAGGCUCGUGCAAGAAGAGCAAGACGCGGUUCUCGCUCUUAUCGAGUCUUUUCCGAUCCAGAUCCGAUAAGUCCUGGUCGGAUCCUAGGGAUUCGUCGGUACCGGCCAGGUCGUCGUCGUCGGCUUCGUCGCCCUCGUGGUUCUCUUCGAUCUUCGCUAGGAAAACGCGGAAUCGAUCGAAACAUCUCUACGCCGACGAGUCCUCCGGUUGCCCGAGACCUCGCGGAUUGUCACCGGACCUGACUCCCGAUCCCUUCGAAGACUGCGAUCGAUCGCGGUCGGGAAGCGGUGAUUCGUCGGCGACGACGCCGGAAUGGAAGAAGACGCCGACGCUGGCUCCGUCGUCGACGCGGAGGGCACGCGCCGGGCAGGGAAAGAACAACGUAUCGGGUCUGGCGUUUUGCCUGAGCCCGCUGGUUCGAGCCAGCCCGAACCGACACUGGAACCAGAAGGGAUUGCCGCCGGAGAUCGCCGGCGAGAUUCGCGUAGCGGCGUCGUUCUGCAAGAACCGGUCUAGGAAGCUGGCGGAUUUCGGUAGAGCCAAUCCUAACCGUUGAUCGUGCUUACUGUUGGGCAUCCCGUAGCAACCCCGCUGUUGUUCGUGGCGCUUAUAGGUCGAAAGUACGAUUUUACCCCUUCACCCUCAGUUUUUUUUUUUUUCUCUUUUAAUUUUUUGAAAACAUAUGGAUGGUUAAUUAAAAGGGAUGCCGGGUCUCUCUUUGUGUACACUAAUGUUGUUACUUGUUGCUUAUCAAUAUUACAGCACAGAUUUUUUUCUAUUUUUUGUUGUAUAAUUAUCUUACUUAUAUUUUUAGACAAUGAUUAUUUUUAUUAUUUA